AUGCUCCUCGACGGCAGCAUGGAGUGCCCGAUUGCCAGUUGCGAAACGGAGCUCCCGAGCUCUUCUUUUGAGUAUGACUGGGCCGUAUGUCUCCGGGAUGAACAGCAAGAGAAUCGCCCACAGCACAGCACCGGGAAUGAAUACCGCGAUGCCUCUUUCAAUGGGAAGGAAGAGGUCAACGAGUGCGCCGCCGACAAUGGCCAAAGGAGCCGCGCCUCCGAAACCGAUAACGAACCUGCAUAUCAAUAUCGUCUCGACGUUUGUUGCGACUGCAACUGGUAUGUUGAAAACGCAGAAGACGAGGAGUCCCAGUAG